AUGGCGACAGCUGGUGGCACAGUUCCUGGACUGGGACCAGUGGCUAACUACUACUACGACUACUACAACUACUUCUACUACGAUGAUUACAGCUUUGACUACUACUAUGACUACUAUUACUCCAACUACUUCUACUACGAUGAUGACAGCUUUGACUACUACUACUAUGACUACUAUUACUCCAACUACUUCUACUAUGAUGAUGACAGCUACUACUACUACGACGACUACAACUACUUCUACUACGAUGUUUACAGCUAUGACUACUAUUACUAUGACUACUUCUACUACUACAAUGAUAGCUACUACUACAGCGACUACAACUACUUCUACUAUGACGACUACAACUACUUCUAUUAUGAUGACUACAGCUACUUCUACUAUGACGACUAA